AUGAAUGGUGUCAUCUCGCGUGGGUGGUGCGCUCGUCAAGGGCGGGCGCGGGGCGUCAGCGCGGGCGGGGAUCACUGCAACAAUUGCUACCACAACUAUCACGAUUGCCACUACUGCAACCAUUGCUACCACUUCACUACCACAACCACCACAGCCAUUGCUACCACUAGAGUCACUACCACUACCAUCACUACCACAACCAUUGUUACCACGACAGCCACUUCCGCUACUACAACCAUUGCUACCAUGACAGUCACUUCCACAACUACCACAACCAAUAUUACCACUAGAAUCACUACCACAACCACUAUCAACAUGACCAUUGCUACCACGAAAGUCACUACCACUACCACAACCAUUGCUACCACAACACUCACUACCACAACCACCACAACCAUUGCUACCACGACAGCCACUACCAUAACUACCACAACCACCACCACCAUGACCAUUGCUACCACGAAAGUCACUACGACUACCACAACCACCACAUCCAUUGCUACCACAACAGUCACGUCCACAACUACCACAACCACCACCGCCACCACAGCCAUUCCUACCACCACCUUUACCAGCCAAUCAACCCAACCAAGCUUAUUUUGCAAUCAUGACUCUGUGUUAUAUAUGUUAUUUGGUAACGGUGUUCUUGCCUAA